AUGCCACGGCGAAAGUUUCUCCUCAUUCUAUCCUUACUUCUCAUUAUUUCUUUCGGCUUACUAUUGGCGGAGUUCAAUUAUCAGAUCAGAAACGCCCUUUCCUAUGCAACACGCCCCCUAUGGGAUCGUCCUGACGGACCGCACGAUGUGUUGCCACAUUUCUAUGCCGAUGGUAUGAGCAUGGAUGACCACGCCUGCCAGCUGCAUGGCUGGAACCACAGGCCUGAAGGUGAAGACGUACGGGUAUUGGAUGCUGUGCUUAUGAGCAGCGAAGUCGACCUGCUCGAGAUACGCCUGCACGAGCUUGACCGAAUCGUCGACCGUUUCUUCAUCGUCGAAAGCAACGCGACGUUCACUGGCCUGCCAAAGGAGAUGUAUUUCGCGAAUAAUCGGGAGCGGUUUGCAGCUUUUGAGCAUAAGAUCGAGUACCAUUUCCUUCCAGGUUAUGAACUUCGAGACGGCCGGACUGCUUGGGACGUUGAAGCUCACACUCGGAACAUCAUGUCUCGACAACUUCGUGCCUAUAUCAGCUCUCUGCCAUCAUCCACGCAGACAUUAGUGGUCAUGUCUGACAUUGACGAGAUACCUUCUUGGCAUACGCUAGCACUCCUAAAGGCCUGCGACUUCGGAAAUCGGAUCCAUUUACUGCUUCGGAACUACCUCUAUAGCUUCGAAUGGUACAUUGGCAUGUCUUCUUGGCGUGCUUCCGUGCAUCGUUUCGACGAUAGCACAUACUAUCGGCAUUCUAUGUCCACGAACGUCGCGCUCGCCGACGCAGGCUGGCACUGCUCAUUUUGUUUCCGUACAAUACCAGAAUACAUCCUGAAAAUGCGGGGAUUCUCCCAUUCAGACCGAAUUGGAGGGAACGAGCGGCUUCUGGAUGAGCGUCGGAUACAAGAGGUGAUCUGCAAAGGCGAAGAUAUUUUCGGUAUGCUUCCGGAAGCAUAUAGCUAUGCCGAUCUGUUGAGCCAGAUGUAUCUACAACCAUCUCGCUCGGCAGUACAUAUCCCGGAUUAUGUCAUCCGAAACGCAGACCGUUUCCGUUAUUUAUUACCCGGAGGUUGUAUGCGAGAGACCUAAUACUAAAUUUUCAAAAUUUUACGACACGAGACGCUGCUAUACCCAAUUUCGUUUUAUCACGCACACUACUUCCAUCAAUCCAGCCCUGCCUGCUGUAAAUUGUAGCUUUCAUCGACCUCCGAAUCACUACGAGCUGCAACUACAGAAGUCUCCGGGCUGAUUGGAGACUA